AUGAGACGAAAUGAGGAUAUAAAGAUCCACGUUUCUUAUAAAGACCUUGAGAAAUUAUUUAACCAGUUGGUACCUUUUUUAUCUCAAAAUCCUAUUAGAAAACAUGAAAAUAUGGCUUUAUCAUUUGGUAAAAUCAUUAGAUAUACGAUUGUAAAGUCAGUCCCAUACUACAAACACAGUUAUCUAUUCGUGGAUGUUUUGAACCAUGUUUUGGAUAAAAAAUUCGGCCCCUCAUGUUGUUCAAAAGAUUUUUAUGAAACUUUUUGUGACAAAUAUUCUCCAAAUGGCCGGGAGCUUUUUCAAGGAUUUGUCAAAAGAUGUUUAGAUGGCAAUUGUUAUGUUUUUGAUGAUUAUACACUUUUCAAACCUGAAACCGACCAGGAUGAGAACGCUGUCCAAGAAACUAAUGUGGAUGCGGCUACUGCGGAACCAGCUGGUUCCGGCCAUGAGGUUGGGAUUAAGGCUGGACCUGAACAAGUUAUAUCGAAUUAUAUACUUCCAAACUUGAGUGAGGUAAAUUUGGUGUUCUAUCUACUGAAACAUACAAAUUUUAAGUACGGUAAAUUUUCAUCAUUUUUCACAAACAGAACAAGACCAAGGGCUGAAAUUAAGUACAUGACACCAAGACUAAUGUAUGUUAAUAAGAUUAAGUUUCAAGUUCCAAAUGAAACUCAUGAAAUAAUACAGAAAUUCUUAUACUAUAGCGCUAUUUACUUCGUGAAAACGUACAGGGAAACCUGGAUUACUAGAGGCGCCAGGCACUUUGCUAACUGGGACGUAAAGCCAAAACUAAGAGAGUACCUUUUAGGCAUUGGAAACGGUAGACCUUUGGUUAUUGAACAAGAAGAAAUUGAAAAGAUUAUCCCCAAGUUUAAGGAAUAUCUUUUAAAUUCUUACUAUAGAAAUCAUCCCAGAAGGGUUGAUAAUUACGUUGGUAAAAUGGAUGAAGUUUUAACGGCAUAUUAUAACGACAGUUCGGGGGAUAUAUGUUGUUGUAGUAAACCUUGUAUUGAAUGCCAGUAA